UUACAAAGUUGGCGUCCCCUCCAUGGCGGUGACGAGACGCUCUCCUCGCGGCUCGGCGGAACUCGGACGGAAGCGACUCCUCCCCGGCGUGGCCAGGAGCAGAUGUCCCCGCGGGAGGCUGCAGCGGGGCACCGCGGACAGAGAGCAUGAGCGCGGCCGAGGACGAGCCGUCUCCUGAGGGGGUGCUGUUGAUCGCUCCCAGCCCGCCAGGUGGACCGCGUGUGGCGGGGGAGGAGGAGGACCAGGACCCGCCUGAACUUUCCUACCAGGACGAGGGCUCCGGCAGCUCGGUGGACUACGGCUUCAUCACCGCCGUCUCCUGCCUGCUGACGGGCAUCUCCCUGGUGGCCAUCUCCUACACGGUGCCCCGGGAGGCGCGCGUCGACCCGGACGGCGUCUCCGCCCGGGAGAUGGAGCGCCUGGAGCGGGACAAGGCGAGGCUGGACGCCCACCUGGACCGCUGCGUCCUCGCCGGGCUGUGCCUGCUCACCCUGGGCGGCGUGCUGCUCUCCAGCCUGCUGACGGUGUCCAUGUGGAAGGCGGAGAUGCUGCGCAGGAGGGCCGCGGCGCACGCCCAACACGCGCCCAACUUGUACGGCUCCAUCGGGUGGAGGGCCGGCUGCGGGCCGGAGGAGGACUCGGAGGUGCUGAGACACGCACCGGACUAAAGAACGCCCGGGAAAACUUUCACUUUCCUUUCAAUCUUGCUUGAUUGCGGGGCCACCACAUUAGGUACACUUGUAAAUUUACAGGUGUACCUAAUGUGGUGGCCACACAGGUCAUAGCCUGCGCGAUUGUCACGUGACAUAUUGCAUCUUAGUCGUGCAUGGAAGAAAACACACACAAAAGUCCGCUACAGUACUUUUGUACUCUAAUCAUUGAUUAUUAUGCCGAGUAAACAAAAAGUCACAUGUUUAAUGCAAGACAUUUAAAUGUGAAUAAGAGUCACGAUUAAGAUAUAAAUGUGUUUUUUUUUGUGCGCCCUUAAAAUACGUGUGUGUGUGUGUGUGUGUGUGUGUGUGUGUGUGUGCGUGCGUGCGUGCGUGCGUGUGUGUGUGUGUAUGUAUAUAUAUAUCUAUAUGUAUAUGUACAAAAGACUGUCUCUGAAACGCUUGUUUUCUUUUUGUGUCAUUGAGUUGCUUGAGUGUAGUUCACUUUUACGACACUGGAGGGGGCAUUGAACACAUCACUAUAUCACCAAGCUCUGAAAGUUACGGUGAACUUCGAUGUCAUUUGUUUAAUUGACAGUGUGCGUCAAUACAAAGUGAGUUACUUUAUAUACACUUUAAUAUAACCUGUUUUGUGCUUGAAACUAUAUUGCAACUCAUUUGGUCAGUUUUAUUGUUGUCUAAUGGCUGUUUGGCAUCAGGUUCACAAGCUAACUGCUAGCUAAAUAUCAUACCCUGAUUGGGGCCUGUUUGUAGCAUUGGACAUGUUUGUUAGCCCCAAUUGACAAUAUAGAAUUAUUUUUGUGAUGCUAUUUACAUUCUAGUAAUUAUUACAUUACUUAGGGCUGGGAUGUUCAAAUUCUGUGGAUUUAUGUAAACUGUGUAUACACAGCUAAGUAAUGUAUAUUUAACAGCCAUGUUGCAUGCUUGUGCCUAUAUUUAAUUGUAUUGUGGUCACUUUGGUUAAUUUACAAUAAUUGUAUUUGUUUGUUUAGGAAACCACACACAUACACAAAUGCAAACGAACAACUCAAUAUACAA